AUGUUCCUAUCGUCGCCGCUCUUGAAGGAGAAUGCUCUUGCUAAAGGUAGAUGUAUAUAUCCGAAAGUAACGGUCUUUUCGGAGAUUCUGCCUCUUGCUCUGAAGAAUUCCUGCAAGCCUAAAAGAGCACAGGCAUUAGCAUCUUCAUGCACGCAGGAGCUCCAAGCGCUCUUCGGAUGUUUGAAAAAAUGGGAGUUUGACGACAAGCCGUGUGCAAAGCAACAUUCUGCGUACAUGGACUGCGUUCAUGAGUCGGAGCGUAUUGCAAAGCAGUACCAAGAGGCAGCGACAAAGGGAACGCUUGGAGACGUGCAUGGAAAGUCGUUGACAACUGCGCAGUUCAAUAAGUUGAUGAAAUUGUUCCCCCAACCAGACCUGGGCCAACGCCCAUAUCGACAUAUGAAGCGGUUGCCAACACAGUCAUAUGCUGAAGAUAUUUUCCAUAGAAAACAUUUAAAAGGCAAGGCUAGUUAG